CAAAACAAAACCCCUCUUUGUUGAAAUCAAAAUCAAUGGGGAGCCUCGUGUACCAAGUGGUGUGUUCCACAGCACUACUCUCAUUAGGUCUCUAUCACCUCAUCUUAACAACCCGUAACUACCUCAAAUCCCCUCACACUUACUCCGCCAAACUCUUCCACCCAUUCCCCAUCGCCACCGCCAACCACCGCUUCCGCCACCUUCAGUUAUACCUAAUUAUCCUCUCCUUGUUGGUUGCCAUCGCCCACCAACUCAUCCUCUCCGCCGAAUCAGACCCACUUCUUAAAGGCAACACCCCCGUCCACCGCUUCACCUCCCUCCAAUCCGCCGCACUCCUCUUCCUCUUCCUCCUCCUCACUCUCUCUCUCCUCCUCUCCGAUUCCGCACCUUCCCUCCUCCCUCUCCCCCCUGACCUCUCCUUCGUCCUCGCCUCCGCCAUCUUCCUCCUCCACUUCUCCUUCUCCUCCGCCAUCGCCGCCGUCCAAACCUCCGCCCUCGAGGCCAAAUGUGAUUCCGUCUCCGGCCAUGUCUCCGCCCUCGCCGCCCUCCUCUGCCUCUUAUUAGCCGUCCACCCCCGCCUCUUCGCCGCCGACGCCGCCCUCGCCGCCGCAAUCUGCCUCCGCGGCCUCUGGGCCCUGCAGACGGGACUCUCGCUCUACGCCGACGCGUUCAUCCCGGAAGGUUGCCACCGCCUCCUCGACGUCGCGAGCGGCGUCGAGGGUUCCACCAAGUGUGAUGUGGAGGAAUCAAUGUUCAGAGCCAUCGCGAUUAUGGAUCUGGCGUUCUCGGUGCACGCAAUGUUCGUUGUGCUCAUCGUUUUGGUCACUUACGCUGUCGUUGCGAAAAGCGUUGGUGUUAGGAGGUUGGGAUCCUAUGAGGCGUUGCCCACCAAUUCUUCCCCUGCGGACACCAAUCAUAGUCAUAUCCAAAUGAAAGCAUUGGCUGGCACACAGGCUUGAAUCUUUCACUUCCUUUUUCACUCUUUUUCUUUUUCUUUUUCUUUUUUAUUUUUGGUUGUUUUGGUAGGGAAUGAUUGAUGAUAGUGAGCAGAAUGUAGGGACUUUGUGUAUACAACAAAUGCCUGUUUAAUUAGAUCAUCAUGUAGUUGCUGGCUACUUUGAGUUUUGUUUUGUUACUAAUUUUGCAUAUUUUCAAAGGAUAUCAU